AUGGCCAUUAGUACAACCUUGGAGUCAAGGAUAAGAAAACCGAUCAUAUCAAGUUCUACAGCAAAGGCAGCCGCAAGAAAUGCAAUGUUGAAAUCAUCAAAGAAAAAUAAUACUCAUAAUCAUAACCAUUCAAUAUCAUCUUCAAACCAAUUGGAUAGAGUAGUCCAAUCUGUUACGGAUGCUACAAAGAGAUUAUCUCAAGUUCAAUCAAUUAUAAGCGAUGCACAUAAUAAUAGUGGUAACAACAGUAAUAUCAAUAUUACCUCUACAAAUACAAAAUCUUCAAAAAGAAAAUCUAGAGAUACGAUUGGACCAUGGAAACUUGGUAAGACUUUAGGAAAAGGUUCUUCAGGUAGAGUUAGACUAGCUAAAAAUAUCGAAACAGGUCAAUUGGCUGCCAUUAAGAUUGUACCAAAGAAAAAAUAUAUUAGAACAGACAAAUCAACAGGGAAAACCCAACAACCAAUUUCGAAUACAAUAGAAUCCUUUAAUUCUAUUUCUUCAAAAGCUUCAACAGCACUUACAUCUACAUAUGGGCAAAAUAAACCUGGAAAUUAUGAAAAUAAUAAUGAGAAUCAAGAGAACCCAGUGAAUCCAUACGGUAUUGAACGUGAAAUAGUUAUCAUGAAAUUAAUCUCACAUCCGAAUGUUAUGGGUCUAUAUGAAGUUUGGGAAAAUAAAUCUGAAUUAUUUCUUGUAUUAGAAUAUGUUGAUGGUGGUGAAUUAUUUGACUAUUUAGUCUCAAAGGGUAAAUUAUCAGAAGGGGAAGCCGUUCAUUAUUUUAAACAAAUUAUUGAAGGUGUAUCUUAUUGUCACUCGUUUAAUAUUUGUCAUCGUGAUUUAAAGCCAGAAAAUUUAUUAUUGGAUAAAAAAGAUAAAUCUAUAAAGAUUGCAGAUUUUGGUAUGGCUGCAUUAGAGUUACCAAAUAAAUUAUUAGAGACCUCAUGUGGUUCUCCUCAUUACGCUUCUCCAGAAAUUGUAAUGGGUAAAUCAUACCAUGGUGCUCCUUCAGAUGUUUGGUCAUGUGGUAUUAUUCUUUUUGCAUUACUUACUGGACACUUACCCUUCAAUGAUAACAAUAUUAAAAAACUACUUCUAAAAGUUCAAUCUGGUAGAUAUCAAAUGCCUCAUAAUAUAUCUCUUGAGGCUAAGGACCUGAUCUCUAGAAUAUUAGUAGUUGAUCCAAGUAAAAGAAUUCAUACAACGGAUAUCUUAACACACCCAUUAAUUACAAAGUACGAAAGAAGUCCAUUCAAUAUCCCCGUUAAGAACAAAAACAACUAUAAAAAUGGUAAAUCUAAUUCUAAUCUACAUAUUUUAGACGCUGCUGGUCCUGCAAUGAUAGAAAUACAAUCUAUACAAGAUAUUGAUGAAUCUAUCUUGAGAAAUUUACAGAUAUUGUGGCACGGAACAUCUCGUGAAUUAAUAGUUGCCAAAUUAUUACAAAAACCUACUUCAGAAGAAAAAAUGUUUUAUUCUUUACUUCUCCAAUACAAACAGAAAAAUUCAAUUCCUCUUGUGAAAACGGUCUCUACAAAGAACUUAGGUAUAAUAAACAAUUUUACAGAUUCUGCAACUGUCUCUAACGAGGAUUCUUCAACCAGUAAUAAUACUUCAAGUAAUUCAACUAAUGGUAACGAAACCUCACAAGAUCCACAAACUCCAACUUUGAUACAAAAAUCUCAAUUCAGUAUUCCUGCCUUGAAAUCGGAAAGCUUGGAGAAACAAAUUCCAAGUAUGGUCCCUGCCAUACCUAUCUUUCCAGUAUCGUCAUCUAGAACUUUUAGAAAGAGUGGUUCUACAUUAACAAUGCGCUCCAAUGUAUCUAUGUCUACUUCGAAAUCAGGAGUUUCAUUGCGUAAAUAUAUGUCCAAAAAGACUGCGACACAUUCUAACUCAAACGCAUCAAUUCAUAGCAAGACUAACCAUAACAAUAUUCAGACUCCUACAGGAAAAUUUAGAAGAACAUUACACAACUCUGAAUCAAAAAGGUCACUAUAUUCCUUACAAUCUAUCUCUAAACGUUCAGUGAAUCUAAAUGAUUACUUACUAAAUGACGAGGUCAGUGCUAAUGAUGUACCGCCCUUACCAAGUUUGUCAUCCAACAAUGACUUUGAAGUUUUAUGUAAUCAAAUUUUGUUUGGUAAUGCAUUAGAUAAUAUUUUAGAAGAGGAAACGACUGAUAUAACUAAAGAACAGUCACCUCUCUCCACAUUCUCACAAACCAGUCAAAGCACGCUAAAAAAAUCAGAAGAGACAGUUCCAAUGAACGAACAAAAAGAAUUUGCAGCAGCUUUUACUCUUCCAGAUCCUUCUAAGCAACAUGGUCAAUAUUCUGAAAGUCUAUUGGAUAAUAACAGCACCUCUUCAUCUUCAAAUGAGGUUAUCGGUACUCAGAGGGUACCUUUAAAAAAUAUUACAAAUUCAUUCGAAACUACAGACAACGAAUUCAGUUUUACCAAGAAAAAACAGCCUUCACACUCAAUUCCUCGCCAAGAAAUACCAGCUGUUCCAUAUACUACCCCUCAAUCUAAAAAUGAAGGUACCAGGGCCCCUAGGGAAUUUGUGGGCUAUCCAAAGUAUGAAAUGAACAGAUUAUCAUCUGAUCCUCAACCACAACAAAUACGAAAAUCAUCACUUGACCCUCGUCGUAACAUAUCUCAACCAAACGAUACUUUAGUUUCAAAAAUGUUAAGAGGUCUUCCGAAAAAGAACUCUACGAACACCAAGGAAUGGAAUUACAAGAGAGGUUCCCUAUUUGCAACUGUGAAUAAUGGUUUAGAUAAUUUACUAAACAAGAAAGAUUUGAACAACUCUUCAGUUAUCAACGAAACAAAGGAGAUUGAAAAUAGUGUAAAACAUAACGUUCAAUAUGAAAAAGAAAACACAGAAAUUUUAGCUCAUUCUAGCACUAUUAAAGAUUGUCAAAUUGCCACUCCAUCAUCGAGACUAAAUCAAACAAACACUUUCAAGGACUUGUCACAUUUCUUAAAUUUUGACCAAACCUCUAUUAAUGAUAAUACGAAUAAUAUUGAACAGGAGCAAUCACAAGUAACUGCUACUAGACCUGCAAAGAAAAUAUCAUUGGCUCCACAAAGACCAAUUACAAACAUAUCAUUAACUCCAAAUUUUAAUCUCACUGCAGGUUUACACGACUUGUCGAACAAUGAUGCACAUAACACAUCUGGUGGACUAAAUUUUGACGCUGCUGAAAUCUCCGAUAUGACAUUUGCAUUAGAAAUUCCUACCAGUACAUUCACAGCACAAGCUGUUACUAUAUCCAAUGGAGGAGUUCAUCACAGGAACUUCAAUGAUUCCAAUAAAUUGAACACUGAACAAAAAGAACGUAAUCAAAAUGCAUUGGGUCUAAGUAAUGGACUCUCCACCUCUAUUAGUGAAAAAAACACAACUAGCAUGUCAUUUACUGACAAAAAUGUAAACAUAUUUGAAGAUGCAUUAACAGAUUCUACUUCUUUCAUAACAACCUCGAGCGAUGGUGACCAAAGUGCAAUUGUUCAUAAGAAGGCUGUUUCAAUAGGCACCUCAAAUACAAAUAAUAUUGUUACACGUAGCCCAGAUGUAAGAGUUAGUCUGUAUGGAAAUAACAAUGGAGAGUUUUCUGGUAAAACAAUAAAACGUGAGACAACCGAAGAACUACUUUCCAGAUUUAAGCUUUCCCCAGAUGUUUCAAAUGGUCAUCUAAUUCAAAAAAGAUAUUCAUCAGCAGCUUCUAAGAGACAAUCUGACAUCCUUCACACUUCUUCUAGCAUGAUGCCAAUGUUCAAGGAUCUUGAGGAAGACCAAAAUGAUAAUCCUUCCCAGGCUGAUCUUUUAAACGAUGGAGAUGACGAACUGUCAAAUACUCAAGACCCUAAAGGUAAACAUAAUAGGGUUACCAUGAUUUUCGAUGACGAUAACCAAACUAAAAAUGUGAAGGUGUCCGAGAAGGUUUCAUCUCAAAAUGCCAAUGAGGAACAAACAGGUUUAGACACAAAAUCUGAGGUUAAACUAAUUUUGAAAAAUUCUUUAACGACCAAGCAUAAAAAUACCAAUGAUAGAGCUGUUGUAAAAUCUUCGAAAGUUAUUGAGAAGGAUUCCACUGAAUCCAAAAUAAAAAUACCUAAAAAGAGUUGGUUUAACAAACUUUUCCAAGGAUUUAGUAUUAAUUCAUCUCAAAUAUCACAGGACCAUCCAACAAAACUAUCAUUUGAAAGUUUGCACACUCUAGCUGUCGAUUACUUUGGAAAGAAUGGUAUUAGCUACAAUCUAAAAGGAUUUGAUAAGAGGGCACACUAUGAAAAGGUUGAUUAUGAUUGUAAAUUUAUUGAAGGUAAUUUUAAAUUUAAGGUAAAGAUUGUUGGUAACUUCAAGAAGUCCACGUUAACUAUUUCUAAGAAAAGCAGAGCCAACGACGCUAAUGCUCAAACACAAUUCGAAAAAUUGAACAAUAGUGUAACCGCCGUUGUUAAGAAAAUAGACACAAUGUAG